AUGACCUACGCCCAACAAGAACAAGAACGACAAGCUAACAAGUCCCGCAGACCAGCGCCCACCUACCGCCUCCGUCCGGCGGCUAACGACCCAUUCCCAUCGCAGCAGACGGACGACACCAACCCAACUGCUACAGUCGUACAAGAUAACGAAAACAAUGAGGAACACUUAGAG